AUGCUUUAUCACAUCACAGUAUUUAGUCGGUUGUCCACCAUUAUACCCAAGGGUUGCGUGUUUUUAAUUAAAAUGGAUUGUGGAAGUUCAAGUAGUUCAUCGGGUUGGGAAGAGGAGUUGGAAGCUGCUUUUGUAGUUCUUGAUGAAGAAGAAAAUAAAACAAAAACAAGAGAAUGGGUCCAUGCAAUUAAUAAAAAAAGAGAAACUUUGGGUGAGUUUCAUAGACUUGUUCCGGAAUUAAAAAAAGAUACGAAACGAUAUCAUAUGUAUUUCCGGAUGACGAUGGAAGAGUUUGAUUUUUUACAUGAACUCAUUAAACCAGACAUAUAUAAACAAAAUACUCAAUUUAGAAGAGCCGUCAGCACAGAAGAAAGAUUAGCUGUUUGCUUAAGAUUUUUAGCAACAGGAAAUAGUUUUAGAAGUAUUGGAUUCAACUACAGAUUGGGAUUCAGUACGGUUCGAGAAAUUGUAAAAGAAGUCUGUGAUGCAAUAUGGAAUAGAUUGGGACCAAUCGUAAUGCCACCACCCACAGAAGAAAUAGACCAAAAUGCCCCCAAGGGGGCGGUAGCGCCCCCGUUAAGAACCACUGAUUUAGGGGAUAAUGAGCCCAAUAAAAUAUUCAACUACCGAUUGUCACGAGCAAGACGCGUUGUCGAGAACGCUUUUGGAAUAUUGGCCGCUCGUUGGAGGUGUUUCCUUGGGCACUUAGAAGUACAACCAGAAUUUGUAGAUAAAAUUGUGCUUGCAUCGUGCUGUCUGCAUAACAUGUUAUGCGCAGACAAUGCGUUUGAACCCGAUAAUGAAUCAUUACAACUUCCAGAAGCAGCUUUAUUGAAUUUAGAUCCUCUAAGAAGAAAUAGCACUCGUGAAGCGUUUCAAGUGGAACGUGUUCGAAAAGGAAGAAUUCAUUCUUAA